AUGCGACGAUUAUGCACACCUGCCGUCACAAUGGGGAGGCUUAGAGCAGGCGCGAGAGUACGAGGCCUGGUUCUGUCAUUGUUGAUUAUAGCCGUUCUCUUCUUCUGCCAAACCAUUUUCGCGCGAGGCAUUCCAACGAUUAGUCAAUACGGACACGCGUCUCGACAAGCAUCGCGGGUUCCGUGCUACGGAGAAGGAUGUCUGCCGGUGCGGCGGCAGCUAAGCCUGGCGGAUUUUUUCAAGCGGUGGUUCGGCGGAUGGCGCAAGCCCGGCAAGCAGAACAAUAAACGGCCUCCCAUUCGCGUCCUCCCAGGUAACAAGACUCUGGGGCUGAACUCCCUCCGGCGCAUGACGCUCAACUCGCGCGCGCAGUUCAACCCCGUGUCGCGCUACCUCACGACCAACCUCAACUUCGACCCCACCACCGGCGCGCCCGUGUGGGACGUAGUAGGCUCCUUCGGCGUCGCGUCGCAGUACGCGGAUCCGCCGGACCAGGGCCUUUGCAGCACGUGCUGGGCGUUCGCCGUGGCGGGCGCCGUGGAGGGCGCGUACUACGCGUUCACGAACGCGCUGCCGGCGCGCACGACGCUGUCGGUGCAGCAGCUUCUGGACUGCACGGCCGGCAGCUGCUGGGGCGGGUAUCCCGAGGACGCGCUGCAGUACAUCGCGCAGAGCCGACUGGGGACGAACGCGGAGUACUCGUAUAGCGCCAUGGAGGGCACGUGCCUUGCUAGCUCCAUCGUGCGCGGCGAGACGGUGCGCAUCACGCUGUACGAGCAGGUGCCGCUGCCGGGCGCGCUGGGGCUCAUGCUCGUGGUGCAGACGCAGCCCGUGAUCGUCACCAUCCGGGCCUCGCACCCUACCUUUGUUGAUUAUGAGGGCGGGAUAUACAGUGACGACGAGUGCUUCGACCCGGACAACCCCGAGCUAGACCACGUGGUGCUCGUCGUGGGGUACCACUACAGCGGCCCCUCCGCACCAGAUAAUUACUUCCUCAUCCGCAACAGCUGGGGCGUGUCGUGGGGCGAGGGCGGGUACAUGCGCAUCGGCAUGAGCUUCAAAUACGGCGGCAUGUGCGGCAUGACGUACCAGCUCGGCCUGUAUCCUGUCAUUGACCCAACGACGCGUGCAAGCUCGUGCAUCGCUAGCUGCGGCGGAGGCACGUGCGAGAUGCUGGCGGACCGGAACACCAGCACGGGCAGCACAGGCAGCACAGGCAGCACUGGUGGCACGGGCAGCACGGGCACAACUGGGAGCACCGGCACUGCUGGUACGGCUGGCACGGCUUCCACUGCUGCUGCUGCGACUAUGUUCUCUGUAGCCAGUACGGCAGGAGACGAGGGAGUGGACGAGAACGACGACCAGGGCCUCGCAUCCGUCGCUCCCUAUUCCUCCUACUCGACAUCGCCGCGGCCUCGCUCCGCGCGGCAGGUGACUGCGCGGAACAACGUGGAGUUUGCGCGCACGCGGCUGCGCCAGUGGAUGAGCAAGGCGGGCAGCGGGGCUAAGCCGGGCGGAGGAGGCGCAGGGAGAAUCUCUACCGCGGCUGCAGGUAGCACCGGCAGCAGUGGCAGCAGUGGGAACACUCAGAGCAUCGGCGGCAGUGGCAGCACUGCAAGCGGUGGCAGCAGUGGUAGUGCUGGCAACACAGGAGCAACGGAAAGCGCUGGCAGCACCGUUAGUAGUGGCAGCAGUAGCAGUGCGGGUACUAGCAGCGGUGGUGAUUCGAAGAGUACUGGCAGCACUGGGAACAGUGAGAGUGCCGGCAGCAGUGGCAGCAGCAGCGGCACAGGCUCGACAGGAGAAGUCAGUUCUACAGGCGGGGGAGACAGUGGUAAUACGGGUAAUCUGGGCAGCACCGGCAGCACUGUUUCUGGUGGCAGCGCCACCGACAGCAGUGGCAGCACGAGCGGCACGGGUAGCGGAAAGGGCUCGGAUACCAAGGGUAACACGGACACCAGCGGCGGCACUGGUGGCACUGUCAGCAUCGGCAGCACUGUUUCUAGUGGCAGCGUUACUGACAGCACUGGCAGCGCCACCGACAGCAGUGGCACCACGAGCAGCACAGGAAGCGGAAAAGGCUCGGAUACCAAGGGUAACACUGACACCGGUGGCAGCACUGUCAACACUGACAGCGCCGGGAAUCCUGGGAAUGGGGAUAAAGCGACUGGUGCGGACGUCACGGGCAGCUCUAAGAGUUCUGGCAACACCGCAAGCAACGGGAAAACCGGAAGCAGCGGCAAUACCGGCAACACAGGGAACACUGGCAGUGGCGGUGGUAGCAGCGGCGGAGGGGGGGGUUCGUCUUCCCUGGUUGGGGGAACCAGCGCGGGCGGGAGCGGGGGCUCAACAGGCUCUGUCAGGAAGUCCCCGCCGAGAUCCAAGUCACCGCCGCCGCCGCGGGGCCCGGGGGCGGGCGUGGCUCCGUAUUUCGAGCAGAUUGACCCGUGCAAGCCGCCAGAGCCGCUGCCGACGUAUGGCGGGUACCAGUGUGUGUGCGCGAAUGGGCUUACUGUGGUGAACAACAAGGACGGCAGCCAGGCAUGCGUGCUCGAGGACGUGUGUGGCGUGUUCAAGAUGAACCCGUGUGGCAAGGGCACAUGCAUGAACGUGGGCGAUGGCACGUACACCUGUGUGUGCCCCACUGACUUUGUCCUCAGCCAGUACAGCUCCGGAGCCACCACCUGCAUCCCCAGGGCAACGGGCCCUGUGACGACGUACGUGACGCAGGCGGGCGACUCGUGCUACGCCAUCUACUCCAUGUUCGGCCUCACCCACUCCGACUUCCUCGACCAGAACGAGGGCGUGGACUGUACCAAUCUGCAGCCAGGCAUCCUCCUCAACGUCUCUGCUCCUAACCCCACGCUCGUCUGCAUCACACAUUACCCCAUCUCGGCAGCGGACAGCCUAGCAACGGACUGCACCGCUCUGGAGGCCAAGUUCGGAGUCAACCUCACAGACCUCAACCCAGGCCUCAACUGCGCUCAGCUCAUUCCUGGACAGCAGGUGUGUCUGGAGCGAGCAGUGAACGUGGAUGGCGCGAGCAACUACCAGCUGUGCACAGAGUACCACGGCAUUGCAGCGGGCGACACGUGUGCCAGCAUCAUCGCUGCUGCGUCCAUCUCCUGGCUCACGCUCUACCGCCUCAACCCGGGUCUGCUCUGCGACAACCUCAACCCGCUCAUGCAGCAAGAGGUGUGUGUGGCGGGGGUGCCUCUCGGCGCGGUGGCGUGCGGCUCAGUGCGGUCGCGCGCGAUCCGCAACAUCAAGUACACGGUGCAGCUGGGUGACACGUGCGGGUCACUCAUCCUCAACAAUUUCAAGCGCAACGCCACGCUCGUGCCCAUGCUCAACCGCGGAUGGAUCUGCCGUCCCAACAACCUCUUCCGGGGCAUGCCCCUCUGCGUUCCCAUCUGA